GUUGGCUUUUGUUAUAUUUGCAGUACAGAUGUACUCUCUAUUAUGGAAACAUGGUGAGUGUGUGGCAGUGAAACAAAAGAAGCAAAUGAAAUUCAAACCACUAGAAGCUGUAUUUUGCCAGCAGGUUACAGCCGUGUGGAACGAAGACAAAGUUGAGCCAUGGCAACAAUCUGUGACUCAUGUAGGCAGCACCUGAAGGAUUUUAUGGAAAUGAUAGCGAGGGCUGCAGAAGACCUCCUGGACAAAAUAAAGGAGUUCUUCAAGAAAAUACAGUGCUGUUCCUGCCUGAAGCGGAAAAGAACUGAGUCAGACCAUCUUUAUAAGCCGGUUCUACGACAACAUGAAAAAGAGGCUGCUCAGGAGUUUCUACAGCACAUUGAGGAAGCUUCGGAAAAUAAAGUGAUCGACAUGGAAAGCUUGAAGGCCUUGCAGACACUAGCUGCUUCUGAAAAUCCAAGUCUACAGCAAUCAGCUGCUCUCUACUAUUUACAUAUCAGCGAACAGUUGAAGAGUGAGUUGCCUGAAGAAUACUUGGAACCAUAUCAUAACUUGUUACAAUCCAAUGAUUUGGACGUGCAAAGGAAGGCAUCUCUAUCACUGGUCAAUCUCUUAGUAGAGGGUAAUGUGAACAAAGAGAAAGUAGUACAGAUUGGGCUGCUGGAACCUAUACUGGAACUGCUCGGCUCUGGAGAUGCCACUGUGCAGUGCAAUUCGUGUGCAGGCAUAGCAACUUUAGCCACCUCAGCAUUAAACAGGGAAGCUAUUGCCUCUGAAGGAGGAAUUAAUCCUCUGCUGGUUCUUUCAAAGUCAUAUGACCCUAGAGUUCAACAGAAUGCAGUGGGUGCCAUCCUCAACCUUUCAAGAUCAGAAAAGAUUCAACUUUUCCUAUGCAAAGAGGGAGCACUGCCUGUCCUGAUCCUUCACUUACAAUCUCCUGACUCAGAGGUUCAGUACUACAGUUGUGCUGCAUUGAGCAACAUAGCAUCCGACCCACGUCACCAUCAGUCCAUGCUUCAAAUAGGUGAUGGCAUUCUUCUCAAGAUGCUACUGUCUCUUAUGUCUUCCUCUGUGGAAAAGGUUUGCUGUCAAGCAUGCUACUGUCUUAGGAACUUGUCUCUAAAUGAAGACAUUCAAGCAGACAUUGUGACUAUGAACUGUUUGGCUCAACUGCAUGAAUUGCUGAAAUUCUCCAGUGAAAAUGUAAAUGAAGCAGCACUGACCUUACUCGGCACUCUGUCAGAGAAUCAUUCCAACAUGGAUGCCAUUGUGUCAGAAAAUAUCUUGAACACCUUAGGAAAGUUACUGUUUGUUCACAAAACAAACCCUGGAAUCAGUUUUCUUGCUUCAACCAUUAUCCACAAAUUAGCUACAAGUGAGACUCAACAGGCCAUCACUGACAGUCGAUGUGCUGUAGCUCUGCUUCAGGCCCUCGGUUGCUUCACAGUUGAGUCUGGGUCCUCGCUACAUGUGACAGCUUGCAUGGCUGAGCUCACAAAGUAUGAGACAAUAAGAACACAAAUAAUACAAGAAUUGGAUGUGAACAAAAUAGCCCAUCUACUAAUGCUCACAAACCAGUAUGAAAAUAAUGAUCUCUCCUUCCAAGCUGCUUGUAUAAUCUACCGCCUUGGAGUAGAUGAAAGGUUUACCUUGUUGUUGAGACCACAUACGAAGGAGGUUGUUGAUUACAUCUUACAUUUCCUCAAACAUCAGGAAAUUAGAUUUCAGCAUCUGGGCCUUUUAACCUUACGGAAUCUAAGUAAAGAUUCCUAUUUUAUAGCAGUGUUUGAUGAAACUGAACUGACGGUGCAACUCAGAAGGGUCUGUCAGCAAACGGCUGAAACACAGGAACUGCUCCAAGCUGUUUUAUCCCACAGCAAGGAGCACCAAAAACACAAACGAUAACACUUAAGAGUUUAUCAAUCUUAAGGUCAGCUAGAACCUGAAGAGCUCAGGAAAAAGCAAAGGAACAUUUUAUAACACAAGUUUUAUCGAGGUCCAAUAUGUAUUGACAAGUUUGCAUGCUUUAAACAUAAUUAUUGGUAAAUUUUAAAAGUUGGUCCCAUUAAUUAAGCAAUUUUUAAAUAAAAUGUAUGGGCUGACAAACAGUUGUUUUUUUCCCUCUCAGACUUUAAUAUUUAAUAGUAAGUUGCAAGAGAUAAUUUAUUUACUUGCAAAUAGUACAAAUGGAAUAAAUUAAAACAAGCACUUG